GCGACAGUGUAUUGAACAAAAUGGCGUCCUACACUUUGACUGUCGCUCGGCUCCAGCUCAUCCUGGGGCGGGGCUUGAGGAAGCUGCAUGUGUCGGCAGCUCUCAGUGCCAGGGCCCAGGUGGCUAUGAGUCGGUUCGAGCCAAACACUAGCAUAAACUACGUCAAGCUGCAUUCCAACAUCAACGUUGUCCGUAAGAGGCUCAACCAACCCCUCACCUUGUCCGAAAAGAUCGUGUACGGCCACUUGGACGACCCCGCCGGCCAGGAGAUUGCCCGCGGCAGGACCUACCUGCGGCUGCGGCCGGACCGCGUGGCCAUGCAGGACGCCACUGCGCAAAUGGCCAUGCUGCAGUUCAUCAGCAGCGGGCUCCCCCGCGUGGCUGUUCCCUCCACCAUCCACUGCGACCACCUGAUCGAGGCUCAGAUUGGGGGGGCACAGGAUCUGCAGCGGGCCAAGGAAGUGAAUCAAGAGGUUUAUAACUUCCUGUCCAGUGCUGGAGCGAAGUAUGGAGUCGGUUUCUGGAAACCAGGUUCUGGAAUCAUCCAUCAGAUCAUUCUGGAGAACUACGCCUACCCCGGGGCCAUGCUGAUUGGCACCGACUCACACACCCCCAACGGGGGCGGCCUAGGCGGGAUCUGUAUCGGAGUGGGCGGAGCCGACGCUGUUGACGUCAUGGCCGGAAUCCCCUGGGAGCUCAAGUGCCCCAAAGUGAUCGGCGUGAAGCUGACCGGUACCCUGUCAGGCUGGACCUCCCCGAAGGAUGUGAUCCUGAAGGUGGCCGGGAUCCUGACGGUGAAGGGGGGUACGGGGGCCAUCGUGGAGUACCACGGCCCGGGGGUGGACUCCAUCUCCUGCACCGGCAUGGCCACCAUCUGUAACAUGGGGGCCGAAAUCGGGGCCACCACGUCUGUGUUCCCCUACAACAACCGCAUGAAGACCUACCUGGAGAAAACUGGCAGAGCAGACAUCGCCACUUUGGCGGACGAAUACAAAGAUGACCUAGUGCCUGACACCGGAUGCCAGUACGACCAGGUCAUCGAGGUCGACCUGAGCGAGCUGAAGCCACACAUCAAUGGGCCCUUCACCCCCGACCUGGCACAUUCCGUGGAGGACAUCGGCGCCGUGGCUGAGAGGAAUGGUUGGCCCUUGGAGGUCAAAGUGGGCCUGAUUGGUAGCUGCACCAACUCCAGCUACGAGGAUAUGGGUCGGGCCGCAUCGCUGGCCAAGCAGGCCCUGGACCGCGGCCUCAAGUGCAAGGCCCAGUUCACGGUGACCCCGGGGUCAGAGCAGAUCCGCGCCACCAUCGAGAGGGAUGGCUAUGCUGAGGUCCUGAGAGAUGUUGGUGGGGUGGUUCUGGCUAAUGCCUGCGGGCCCUGCAUUGGCCAAUGGGACAGGCGCGACGUGAAGAUGGGUGAGAAGAACACCAUCGUAACGUCCUUCAACAGGAACUUCACAGCCAGGAACGACGCCAACCCGGCCACCCACGCCUUUGUCACCUCUCCCGAGAUAGUCACUGCCCUGGCCAUAGCCGGCACCCUGAAGUUCAACCCCGAGAAGGACUAUCUCACAGCCGCCAACGGGGAGAAGUUUAAACUGACGCCCCCUACAGGUGACGAGCUGCCAGCGCAAGACUUCGACCCCGGCCAGGACACCUACCAGCACCCACCGGCAGACGGAGUCUCCCUGCGCGUAGACGUGAACCCCCAGAGCAACCGCCUACAGCUGCUAGAGCCCUUCGACAAGUGGGACGGCAAGGACCUGGAGGACCUGCGGGUGCUUAUCAAGGUGAAGGGUAAGUGCACCACGGACCACAUCAGCGCCGCUGGGCCCUGGCUGAAGUUCCGCGGCCACCUGGACAACAUCUCCAACAACCUGCUGAUCGGCGCGGUCAACGUCGAGAACGACGCCGUCAACAAGAUCCGCAAUCACCUGACGGGCGAGUACGACGGCGUACCCGAUGUGGCCCGGCACUACAAGAAGCAUGGCGUGCAGUGGGUUGUCGUGGGAGACGAGAACUAUGGCGAGGGCUCCAGCAGGGAGCACGCAGCCCUGGAGCCACGACACUUGGGCGGCCGGGCCAUCGUCACUAAGAGCUUCGCCCGGAUCCACGAGACCAACCUGAAAAAGCAGGGCCUGCUUCCUCUGACCUUUUCCGACCCCCAGGACUAUGAAAAGAUCCGCCCCGAUGACAAAAUCUCCAUCAUUGGCCUGAAGGACUUUGCUCCGGGGAAGCCUCUGAAGGCCGUGCUGAAGCACAGUGACGGCCGCCAGGACACCAUCCUGCUCAACCACACCUUCAACGAGACGCAGAUCGAGUGGUUUCUGGCCGGGAGUGCCCUUAACAGGAUGAAAGUGCUGCAGCAGUGAUGGGGGGCGGGGCCUACAGAUGAUAGGGAGGAGUCUGGCAAAAGGGGGAGGGGUUAUAGACCUAUGUGAAGAAAGAAGUCACAACCCUACGGUGCAGUACAAUUAUGGUCUGUACUAAAGAUACGUCUGUGAAGGUGACAGUGCACUCUUGCGGUUCAAAAUGCCACUGACGCACCCAAAAAUCACUUUUCAUUGCCACUCACCAUGACUCACUUCCACUGAUUAUGCCUCUCAUCCAUUUUGACACGCUUUCAUGUAUCAGCUGCGUAUGAUAAUCCUUGGGGAUCAGACACACCCGUUUUUCUAAUGCAUUAGGUCAUUUUUAAUAGUCGCUCUGUGUUUUCAUAUUUCACAGCUAUUUAUUUGUACUUUUCUGGAGAUCCAGAUGGAAAUGCGCUUUCUCCUGUAUGGCGCUGCAGUUCCCGGACGCUCGCGCCUCCCUGUGGACCUGCCGCUUUGACGCAGCUCUGUUUGACAACGUAUUUUGUCCAUCUUUUAUACGCACUCAAGGUGCAGGAACUGAGCCACACAGCACAGGCCUACGACAGUGCUGACAGAAUGUGCUUCAUUCAGUAAAAAAAUUGGUUUUAUAACAAAAAUCAUUACUUCAUUUGUUAAUACCUAUUACAUUAGCAACGACCAGUUGUUUUAAGUAAAAUAUUCAUUUCAAGUAGUAAUAAAUUGAAACCCAAAUUUUGGCUCUAAAAGAGCUGCUCUGAGUUAAGUUAAUAGUUAAGCAGUCUCACUGGGCGCAUUGUACUUAAUAACACCUUUGCCAUAACAAAAAAACACCAAACAUUUCAUUUAAGCAAAAUGUCAAGAACAAGACUGAACGAGUCAGUGAUAAAAGAUAAUGUCUGUGCGAAAGACAUGUGCAGGUGUGAUAAACAGUCAAUGGACGUUUGUUGUGAAGCCAAAGUUUGCAACAAUUUGGAAAAGUUAAGCAAGUGUCCCAAGGCUUUCUGUGAGCAUGGUAGGUGGCCAGAUUCUUUACUGGGGGGUCCUUUUCCGUUUUAUUUUUAUUGCAGGUUUGUAUUGUGAGGUGACUUUUUUGUAAUACUCAGCAUUAAACUGCCCGGGGACGCACCUGGGCCUCUAGCCUUUUAACAAUGUCCCACAGACAUUAUAGACAUACUUCAAGCAGCCUGGUCCACCCAAAAUUACUUGAAGCUUCCCUUCUACACGCACUUAUACACUCCUCACAUGCCCAGAUUAUUUACUCUAUCCUCAUCCAAGAGAUUUUGCCCCACCCCCAAUUCCGUUUGUCUCGAUGACUGAAUGUCACUGUGAUCCAUGGUGAUGUGUUUCAUGUGUUGUUCUUUUUGUUUUGUGUUUGUGUGGAACGAAGGCCAUCUGACUAAGCGUUGCCCUGGUGAUUGUCUGACUAGGGUGGGUGUGUGAGACACCGUACUGUCAGCGAUGCAGUCAGAGUGCGUGGUCUCCAUUCCCCUGUGGUAUCAUGUGUGGGCUGUACGGCCAGCCGGGGUGUGGGUGGUCUUUUAAGGGCCAACUUCUGAACAUACGCACAAUUAACACAACGUGCCGAAGUGCGGUGCCACUUGGCAACACAGCCACACUAUGAACAUAUUUCUCUUUAAUUCUCCCAAGAUAGUUUUUUGGCAAGUGGAUUCUGUUCCGCAAAUUCUGUUACGGUUUUGCCUGCUAUGUCUGUCUGUUCUAAAACUGAAUCCUGGAACUCUUGGUUAAGGCUUUGGAUGGAGAUUUUUGCCCUUGUAUAUGUGUGUUUAUGUACUCACUGUAACAAGGGGUAAAGUCCACAUGAAUAUCUCUUAUUACGGUACCUGAUUUUGGUAAACCUGUUAACCUUUGAGGGACCUGAGAUAACCCAUACUUUAGGAUGUGACAUGGGGCUGUUUGAGUAUGUUGAAUGCUUUACUCGCAGAAUAUUUUUCUGUUUUCCUCCUAGUGCAUUGAGAAUGUAAGCCCAAUCUUUGGACCAUAUGUACUGGUACCCUGAAACUUCGUAUUUUUGGCACUGUUAAUCAAACAGUAAACUGAAUUCUUUUGGGGGAGCUGGUCCAUUUGUUAAAAGGUUAUAUUGUUCAUAGGAUUUCUUCUGUAACACAUGACUGAGAGCUGAUCUGUGAUUCUCUGUGUAGAAUAACAAUAGCAAUUAACUUUGUUUACUGAAAAUUGUGCAAGAAUACUCUUGGAGGACUGACUGUCUUCUGAAUGGUUUCCAUGAUUGAAGGUAAAGUGUUGUUGCAGUAAGAUUUCUGCUAAACAGUUCUGAUCAAUGCUGCAUUUUUCCCCAAACUCUGUGUUUACCUUGAAUUUACAUGUUUAUUUUUGAACCAUAAAUGACUUUUCUUUUGUACAGAUUGCUAAAAGUUUCCCAGUUCAAAUCAGAAUCAAAGUCAGGCAGCACAUUUUAUAAUUGUGUGGAUUAAAGCUUGUUUGAGGUUCAUGACCUGCAAACUGUUUUAUUGAAUCUGCAGCAGCUGCUCUCUUACUGUUAAUAAAGUGCAGAAACUGUGAAAAUGGUACGUGCUGUGUGACCACUGAGUUUUUGUGUCUGUAUAAGCAGGGUAAUGGUGACAAGCUCAUUUGCAUUAUGAAUAAUAAAGCUGUAUUAAUGUAUUUUAAA